AAUUGCAAGAGGUUGAGAAGAGAAAGCAAGAAAACAAAAAGAAGAAAACCAUGUCUCACAUAGCUGUGGAGAGAAACAGAAGAAAGCAGAUGAACGAACAUCUCAAAGUCUUACGCUCUUUAACCCCUUGUUUCUACAUCAAAAGGGGAGACCAAGCAUCAAUCAUAGGAGGUGUGAUAGAAUUCAUCAAGGAAUUGCAUCAAGUUUUACAGUCUUUGGAAUCUAAUAAACGGAGGAAGAGCCUUAGCCCUAGCCCUAAUCCAAGCCCGAAGCCAGUAGUAUUGCCUCAGCAAUAUCCAUCUACUCCCCAACUUGAUCAAAACCCUAAUUUCAAUUUUAAUUUGGGGGUUGAUAAUCAGCAUCAUGUGAUCAAUAAGGAACUAGCUAUAGGAGCUUGUUGCAACUCUCCAGUGGCAGAUGUCGAAGCAAAGAUCUCGGGGUCCAAUGUGGUGUUGAAGAUAAUAUCUCGGAGAACAUCUGGUCAAAUUGCUAAGAUAAUUGGAGUGCUGGAGAGGCUUUCAUUUGAGGUCCUUCAUCUCAACAUCAGCAGCAUGGAAGACACUGUUUUAUACUCUUUUGUAAUCAAGAUAGGACUGGAGUGUCAGCUGAGCGUGGAGGAACUGGUGCUUGAAGUUCAACAAAGUUUGCGCUCAGAAAGCACUACUUGAACAAAUACAUGCAAAGUUUGCUCGAGUGGCGCUCAAGUGCUGAAGUUAAUUUGAUAUAUGGUUUUAUUAUAAUAUGCAUGUGAGAUUAUAGAUUAUAUAAAUGUUUAUUUCACUUGAAAUGUUUAAAUCAUGUAAUAAGUAAUGCUUAUACCUUAAAACUUUUGUUUGGUGUAUAAUUAUUUUACUCUAUUAAUUCAUGGGUGAGUUGUGAAACUCAAUAGAGUAAACUAAUUCUAUGAACAAAAGUUGUAGGUAUUAGCAUAUGUUUUGUAAGAGAUAUAGUUGUUCUUAUUUUUAUAACUGAUUUCAUAUUACAUA